UGAAGAAAGUGUAUUUUUUUGUUCUUCUUAAUGGCGGUACAGGCUCGUUUUUUUAAUAUUGUAUUUAAUUACAGAGUAAUUUCCACAUAUUAAUAUAUUUUUCAAAUUGGGCUCUGUACCGCCAUUCUUUAUUAUAUUACGAAUACGUGUGCCAAAUAUCUCGAAAAAAUAUUCAAAAUUACAGCCGCAAUCUUGGAACGCGUUUUGGCUACCUGUUGAUCGCUACUGUAUCACCUUAACCUUAACAGUAUAGGCAGUUUUGAUGUAAUUUCAAGAAAGAUAUAAAAAUGGAAUGUCAGUCAAGUUCAAGUAAAAGUUUUUGUAGGUAUUGUCCUGUAAUUUAGAAUGAAUAAAUUAUAAUUGUUGAUAUAUUAGACGUUUGUAGAAAAAAUAUUGUAUGAUAUUGGUGUUAAAAAGUACAUUUUUAAGGCACUCAUGUGAAUUGCAGAAUGAGCGAAGCGAAUCUUUCACAUACGUGCCUUAAAAUUGUGCUUUUAACAUUUAUAUCAUAAAUAACUAUUAUUAUAAUUUUUGUGUAUUUGGACUUUCUACCUCGGGAAUAAGAUAAGUAAUAUUUAAUGUAUUUUAUAAUUCACUUCGUAUGUUUGUCACUAUGUCUGAGAAAUAUUGUAGCCCGUAUACACAAAAGGGUAUAGCUCAGUGGUAGAGCAUUGGGCUGGAGAUCAAGAGGUCCCCGGUUCUAAUCCUGGUGUGUUCUAAUCUUUUUUUAAGUAUUGGUAUUGUUUUAAUAAAAAUUUGUGGAAAGUAGUAAGUAAAAAUUAAUUUAAUCUUUAAAUAAAAUACAAAUAAACUGUCCGAAAGUAUAUUUAUUUCAUUGAAAUCAUAUUUAGAAGUAUAACUUUUUACGUGCGUACAAAGUACACACACAUUCUUUUUUGACUUAAUAAAUGUGUUACCGUUGAAUGUUUCUCGUUGAAAUGAUGAUGAUGGUACGAAAUGAAAACAAUUAUCAGCUUAAACUUAACAGACUCUGAUGUUAUACACUACCGAUAAAGAAAUACACUAAUUCAAGUAGGUACUUAAAGUGAUUACCAAACUUCAAUCUAGCAUUAUACAGUGCUCCUUGCUUCCUAAUUAAUAACACUAUGAGAUGCACCAAACAACCACUUGUAUUAAGAGAAACACCCAAAGUCACACUUACUUGUCUGACUCAACCCUACGUAAAUAUGUGACAUUUAGGCGUCCUGGGAGACUUUUCCGGGUAUGAUCGUUAAAAACGGUACGUUUGGUCACCCUACCCUAGCUGCAUCCUGUCAAUAAUAGAUCCUUAUACAUGGACAGCUUGGAUUCAGUUCGCUUGGGGAUACACCACAGGUGGCUCUAAAGACGCUGAAAAGCAGAAACCUUGGUCAGCCGAUGGUGGUGGCCCCGAUUUGAAUUUAAUCUAAAGCUUUCUUUCCUUAGAUCCUUAUAGUUGCUCCAUAGGGUGUUUAAUCAUUAUUGUCUUCGGUCUCUUUAACAUAUAAAAUAAAGAGAUGCCUCUAAGUAUAUCGCUAUUUGAUUCUUCUUGAUUUAAUUAACGUACUUUUUAGAAAUACUGGGAAGAAGAAGCAACAGAAAAAAUCACCCAUAAAAGUUCCAGAGUCAAAAAAGACGAAACAAAACAAAAAAUCUUCCAUAUCCGUUUCCGAGUCAGAAAACAAGAAACAAAAAAAGAAAAAUGAUUCCAUAACCAUUCCAGAGACAGAAAAUAAAAAGCAAAAGAAAAAAAAUCCCAUAGUCGAUCCAGAAACAGAAAAGGAAAAGCAAAAAAAGAAAAAUCCCAUAACCGAUCCAGCGACAGAAAAGAAGAAAAAAGAGAAGAAAUUUUCCAUAACCGUUCCAGAGCCAGAAUUCAACGAAGAGCGAAUGAAAAUAACAGACCUCUUGAAACUAGAUAAGCCUCUUUUGUGUAAAACCUGCGAAGAAGCCUUCACGGAUCAUUUGGAACUGGCUUUACAUUCGAGGAAACAUAGUCCUGCUAAGUUAUACACAUGUCACUUAUGUGGCUUCUCAGUAGAUUACAAGUAUCGAAUCCUAAGACAUAUCAACGGUCAUGCUGGGUAUAAAUGCCAGCUAUGUGAAAAAAUGUUCAGGACAGUUAGAGCUGCCAUGGAGCAUUCCUAUGGUCAUACUGGAGAGAAGAUGUUCCAGUGUGAGAUAUGCGGCAAGCAUUUAACUAAUGCUAGGAGUUUGGAGAUUCAUUUGAAUACAAUCCAUCACGAAAUUCUUACUGGAAAACCUUUAGAUAAGUUCGAUUGUCGUGUAUGUUUCAAACACUACGAGUCUAUAAUGGGCUUGCGCGCUCAUUACUCAAGUAAGCAUAAGGAAAUAGGUGUAGAUAUGACUGUAGUCUGUGACGUAUGCGGAAAGCGUAUUUCGUGCAGAGAUAAGCUGAAGCGACACAUGCGUACGCACACCGGCCAAAAACCGUUCCCUUGUAUGAUUUGCGAUAAACGCUUCGCGACGAAAUGUCUGUUGACGUCACAUCUUCGCGUCCAUACGGGAGAAAAACCGUACGUGUGCUCGUAUUGCGGGAAGCGGUUCGGACAGUCGGGGCCUUAUAGAUAUCACAUUAAGAUUCAUACGGGGGAUAGGAGGUAUCCUUGCACCAUUUGCGGUAAAGCUUUUAUUUCGAGUAGUAGUUUGAAAAUACAUACCAAAACUUGUCUUACUCCUAUCAGAGAUUUAUAUUGUUAUUUGAUUCUUCUUGAUGUAAUUAACAUUAUACUUUUUAGAAACACCGGGAAGAAGAAACAAAAGAAAAAAUCUCCCAUAACCGUUAAAGAUUCAGAAAAGAAGAAACAAAAGAAAAAAAAUCCCACAACCGUUCCACAGACAGAAAAGAAGAAACAAAAGAAAAAAGAUCUCAUAACCGGUCCAGAAACAGAAAAGAAAAAACAAAAGAAAAAAGAUCCCAUAACCGAUUCAGAUACAGAAAAAAAGAAACAAAAGAAAAAAAAUUCCAUAAUUUUUCCAGAGACAGAAAAGAAGCCACAAGAGAAGAAAAAUCCCAUAACCGCUCCAGAGCCAGAAAUCAACGAAGAACGGAUGAAACUAAAAGACAUCUUGAAACUAGAUAAGCCUCUUGUAUGUAAAACCUGCGAAAAAGCCUUCAACGAUCAUUUGGAACUAGGUUUACAUUCGAGGAAACAUAGUCCUGCUAAGUUAUAUACGUGUCACUUAUGUGGCUUCGCAGUAGAUGCCAAGUUUCGGAUACGAAGACAUAUCAACGGUCAUGCUGGGUAUAAAUGCCAGAUAUGUCAAAAAAUAUUCAGGAAAGCUAGAGCUGCCAUGAAGCAUUCCUACCGUCACACUGGAGAGAAGAUGUUCCAGUGCGAGAUAUGCGGCAAGCAUUUAGCCAAUUCUAGCAGUUUGGAUAUUCAUUUGAAUGUAAUCCAUCACGAGAUUCUCACUGGAAAACCUUUAGUUAAGUUCGACUGUCGUGUAUGUUCCAAACAUUACGAAUCCGAAAUGGGCUUGCGCGCUCAUUACUCAAGUAAGCAUAAGGAAAUGGGUGUAGACAUGACUGUAGUCUGUGACGUAUGCGGAAAGCGUAUUUCUAGCAGAACUAGGCUGACGCAACAUAUGCGUACGCAUACCGGUCAAAAACCGUUCCCGUGUACGUACUGCGAUAAACGCUUCGCGACGAAAUGUCUGUUGACGUCGCAUAUCCGCGUCCAUACGGGAGAAAAACCGUACGUGUGCUCCUAUUGCGGGAAGCGGUUUGGUCAAUCCGCGCCUUAUAGAUAUCACAUUAAGAUUCAUACUGGGGAUAGGAAGUAUCCUUGCACCAUUUGCGGUAAAGCCUUUAUUUCGAGCAGUAGUUUGAAAAUACAUACCAAAACUUGUCUUACUCCUAUCAGAAAUUGAUUAUUAAUUUGAGAUUAUAUUAUAUUUGAUAUUGUAUGUACAAGGAACCUUGUCGAGAACCAUGAACCUUGUACAAUGUAUAUGUAUAACAACCAGAGAAGUGAUUUAUACUUAGUAAAUCAGAUACUCAACGUAUUCAGGGAUGAAUCAUAGGUCAAUCACAGGUUUCUGUGAUUUCUCACUGUCGCCAUUUCUCGCAUUCUAGCUUCCAACGCUUGUGAUGGUUCUGGUCAUCUGCUUCUAGACCUCUAUCUUUCAUUGCACCAUUUACUUCUAGUCUUCACAAUCUUCUUGAUCUUCUCUUUAUCCUGUGCUUGGUGGGGAUCCACUGUAAUAUUUUCAUUGGCCAUUUUUCUCUCUCUCUCUCCUAUGACGCUACAGCCCAGGUUGGUCCCUUCCUUUUCCCAGCAUCCGCCUCCAAGUAUCUCUGUCCCUGGCUGCUCUUCUCCAGAUAUCCACCCUCAAUCUUUUUAGUAUCAGUUCUCACUUCGUCUAUACACCUCUUUCUUGGUCUUUUUCAGCGUUCUACCAUGUAUUCUGUCAUUAUCCAUUCUCGUGGGUGAACUUUAUUCUCCUUAUAUGGGAAAUGUCCCAAAUGGGUCCCAAAAUUCUCCUUAAUAUCUUUAUUUUUUCAAAAGUAAUAAUAAGUUUUAUUGUCUUUUCUGUCAUGAUCCAUGUUUCUACGCCAUACAGUGGUGUUAAAAAGUCCUGCAUCACCUUACCAAAUACACGGUCUGUCGUCGAUUGUUCCUUGUUCAGCAUACUUCUUAAUGACUCUAAUUACUGUAGAUGCUACGGAUGCUAUUUCGCGACUAGAUUUGUCGUUUUUAUGGUGAAAAAUAAUUUCAAAACGCUUUUCGUUCGAUAAUUCAGUUUGUUUGGUCUGGGAUGACAUUUUGACCUUUUUUAUCAAAAAUCAAAGAGCGAAUAAAUGUGUUAGGGUAACUACAGUGUUUAUAUAGUCAAAAUAUGUGGCAAAUUUGUCAUUAAGAUUCAAUUAAAUAGUACUUUAACGACAUAAUAAUCACCUCAUAAUUUUCUCGGAUUAUGGGAAAUCCCUUCAAUCAGAUUAUUUUAAUCUUUUCUGUAGAAUUUUGAGCUAUUAAUUAAAAAAACGUUAGUAAGUAUACCGAUAAUGCUAAUUACAAGCACAAACUUAAAAUGAAUUAGCGAAAAUAUACAAAAAACUUAAGUUAAACCUCAAAAACUAUAAGGCGCUUAGGUGAUGCAGGACUUUUUAACACCACUGUAUGUUAUUGUUGAUCGUAUGACGAUUCGUAUGAUAUAUUAUAUGACUUUCGUAUGUAUAUCUUUGCAGCCAAACACCUGCGACAGAGAGAAGUAUGCUCCGUUAGCAAGGAUUAUCCGUUUCCGUUGACCAUCUUUGGCCAAAUCGUAUCGUAUUGUCUAACUCAGCGGUUCUCAAUCUUUUUGUGUCAUGUACCACCAAAUACUUUUUAUUAUUUUUGGUACCACCUAACUGAAAUACAUAUCUAACAAGGUAAUCUAAUUAACUAUAAUAGUGCUGCUGAUUUUGGUUGUUUUUGCGUUUUGUGUACCACCUCAAAAAAUGAAAUGUACCACCAGUGGUACAUGUACCACAGAUUGAGAACCGCUGGUCUAACUUCUAUAUUAAAGGUUUGUUCCAACUCGAUACAAAACCGUUCUUGAACGGUUCGUGAAACGCGCAGUAACGAAAAAUGUGUUACUGCGCAUAAUUAUUCGUUAUUGCGCAUGCGCGUAACGAUUCAAGAACGGUUUUGUAUCGAGUUGGAACAAACCUUAUAUCAUCUGGGGGUUGCAGACUACCAGUAAAAAACAUGCAAAAUAUAUGUAAUGUUCUGAUCUAAAGUAGCCUGUUGAUGAGGUUCCUUGCGAUACUAAACUUGUGCUACCUGAUGAUAAUUUAGGUAUAGAUAUUUUUUUUUGUCUAGAAUGAAGACAUUUAUUAUUUUUAAGAAUUAUUUUUUUGUAAUUUGUAAUAUUCAGUAUUUAACAGUAAUAUUUCUUUCUGGGAUACAUAUUAUACUAAAAUAGAAUAGAAUAGAUUAGAAAUAUGCUUUAUUGUCACUGAAAAUUUUUACAAUUUUAUGGACAAAGCUUACAUACUGUCAAAAGAAAAAUAAUAUCAAUAACAAAUAAUAACAACUACUUCUUCUUCUUUCUCGAAACUCCUUAUGCCCCCCAGGGGCGUCGGAGGAAUAACAACUACAAUUUCCUAAAAUUAGAUAAAGCGUCAAUAUACAGUAUAUAAGAUAAAAAAACACAAACAAUUUAUUGCAAAAUUUAUAUAAAUUGCAAAUUGAAUUUACUUACAACAAAUAAAUAAAUAAAUAAAAUACAACAUUAGGAACUGCGUAUAAGCUACUGCGUAUGAAACCCAAUUUUCUUAGUUAUUCAUUAAGAAAUUCUUCUAUUGAAUAGUAUGGUCUUUUAGAUAGAUAGGCUUUUGUCAUUUUACGGAACUUUGGGAAAGAUGUUACAGAUUUAAGUUGUAAAGGGAGAUGGUUGUAAAGUUUUUUUGCGGAAUAUAGUAUAGAUUUCUUUACUAACUCAGUGGAAGGGAUCGGUAAAUAAAUAUCAAAGAUUGAAUUUCUGGUGGAGUAAAGAUGAUUGGGCCUUGCUGGAAAGACAUGAAGGUGUUUACCAAUUAAACAAACCGUUUCUAGAAUAUAUAGCGAUGGAAGUGUUAAAAUUCCGUGAUCUCUAAAGUAACUUCUGCAAUGUGUAGAUCUUCUGAGGCCAAACAGAUAUCUUAUUGCUCUUUUUGCAAUUUAAAAAUAACAUCAAAUUGGGCAGCUGUACUAGAACCCCAAAAAGGAAGACCAUAUCGAAGAUGAGACUCGAACAACGAAAAAUAUGUUAUUUUAUAAGAUGCUAAAUUGAGUUCCCUUGAGACAGAUCUUAUUGCGUAGCAAGCUGCGGCGAGUUUCUUACUUAACGAGUCGAUAUGAAGGGACCAUUUGAGGUUGCUGUCUAAAAAAAUACCAAGAAAUUUUACACAAUCAACGGUACUGAUAUGGCUGUUAUUAAGAGGAAAAGGUUGAAGAGCUCCUUUAUAGGAUAAUGCUACUGUUUUAUCUACGUUAAAAGAGAGUAAAUUAGAGUCAGACCAGGUCUUUAUCGUCAGUAGAUCCGAAGUUAUAGUUUCAUGAAGAGAUGCAAUAGUUGAGUUGCUCCGAGUGAUACUGGUAUCAUCAGCAAAAAGAAAAAUUUUCCCAUCGAUUUUUAAAUUAGUGAUGUCAUUUAUAAAGAUAAGGAACAGAAGAGGACCCAAUACUGAACCUUGUGGUACUCUACAGACAAUGUUUUUGAGACUAGAGCCAGUAUCAUUUGCUCUAACUAGUUGUUUCCGAUUAUUUAAGUAGGAUUGGAACCAAUUCAAAGAAAUACCUCGAAUAGAAAUUUAGUUUUUUAAUCAAGAUGUCGUGAUUUACACAAUCAAAAGCUUUGGCAUAGUCACAGAAAACAGUGGCAGUAUAACGAUUAUUGUUUAGUACUUGGUAAACCUCAUGUAGUACAGAAAACAUGGCAUCAGUGGUACAUUUAUUAGUUAAAAAGCCGAACUGAUUUUGUGACUAAACGUUGUUAUCAACGAUAAAGGACAUAAGUCGAGUUUUAAUGAGUCUCUUAAUAAUUUUGGAGAGUACCGGUAGUAAGGCAAUAGGUCUAUAGUUGCAGGCAUUAGAUUUUUCACCACCUUUAUGAGAGGAAUAAUAAUGGCUGUCUUUAGUCACUCUGAAAAUUUACCUUUUUCGAAGGAAUCAUUAAUUAGUGAGACGAGGAUUUCCAACACAUUGUCUGUGAGAUUAGAGAAAAUUUUUAUAAAUAGUCCAUCAGUACUACAGGAUGAUUUGCUUUUGAUACUAUUGAUUGUUUGGAUCAGUUCAGAGUUAUCGACUGGUCUUAAAAAUAAUGAAUUCGAGACCUUUCUUGAAUUAGGGAGAUAGGAAAUAUCUUGUUGCGGCAAAAUGUUUGAUGUUAUAUUUUUACUCACAUUAACGAAGUAAUCGUUUAGACUUUCAGGAUUUGGAAGGGAAAAUGAUUGAUCUGUGUGAGUUUUAUUUCGAAGAUCGUUUAUUGUAGACCAAGUUUCUUUUGCAACACUUUUAAAGCUUCAUAUGCAAUAGAUGCCUACAGCAACAUUCCUGGCACACUUAUACUGGCAUCCCACACAAUCCCUCCAAUUCAACCUUAAUCCUAUUAUAAUUUGUUUUCCUCUAUUAUUAUUCGAGAUCUAGUGCUAAACCUUGUAGAGCAUUAGCUAUUUUAGCCAUUUCUUCUUCAACUUCAUUGAAGGUCUUUGAACUGCCACCGCUGCAUCAUAAACCUUAAUAAACGGUUUCGUUUAUAGGUUUGUCAUUGGUGUAUAUGUUAUAUUGAAUCGGUGCGAGGACACUUCCCUGUGAGAGACCAUUAUUUGGUCCCUCCAUUGAUUGUUGUUGGGUUGGAGUGUUACGUAGAAGCAUCUGGAGGAGGCAUUCUACCAACCUUGUGAAUAGAGAGUCCUUUGUAAUUUCGUAGAGUUUUGACAGCAGAUAUUGAUGUGUCCUAUGGCAGUUAGGUCUAUGAACGCUACCCCUGUUAUUUCUUUCCAUUCAAAACCAUCUUCAGUGUGUUGGGAAAAGUUAAGGGUUUGGUUACAGCAAGACUUUCCGGGUCUCAACCCUUCUUGUUCUGGAAUAAUUUUAGUCUCCACUAAUUCAGGGACCCGGUUCAGUACCCCUUGAAAAGGUGACAUUAAAGAGAGGCAGCUCUAAAACUCUUUGUACCUGUCGGAUCCUUUCCCUAGUACCACUAUUCUAAGUUGUCUCAAAAUUUUGAGUAUUUUUAGUGUACAGAUGCAGCAAUUCCUCAUUUGUACAAACAACUUUACGGUUUUUGGGUCUAAAGUUCUUUAUUUAUUGGAACCAUUGUGCCACAUUAGACGCACUACUCACCUUCAUUUUAUUCAUACCAUUCUAACUCUUCUGGAAGUACUUUAACCUAGUUCCUCGUUAUCCUUUCAUGCUGAACACAGACGCUUAAAAGUAUUACUUUUCAUAAUCAAUAAUUUCGUCAUCCAAAGUCAUCAUUUGUACUAUUAAUUCCCUAUUUAAAUGAACAUUAUAGAUACUCUGUUUAUGUUUUCUUCUUCUUCUUCAGCCUGUUUGCAUCUACUACUGGACAAAGACCUCCCCAUGAGUUCUCCAUUCUUCUCUGUUUUGUACUAUUUGGUGCCAGUUUCUCCCCAUUUUUGUUUUGAUGUUAUCUACCCAUCGUUUUUGUGGUCUUGCUCUACUACGACUGUGCUCGCUGGUCUCCAAUGUACAAUGUUUCUCAUCCAUCUUUCGUUGUUUUGUCGUGCCACGUGCCCUACCCAGUUCCAUUUCAUUUGCGCAAUUCUUCCAAUUUAUCUUUUACUAAGCGUUAACUAUUUUUCCCUAAGUUUUGACUGUUUCAGUUGUUGGUUCAAUUCUGGUCGUAUUAUAUCUAGAUUUUUGCCCCUAGUGAGAGAAAUUUCAACUUCAUUAGAUGUGAUUCCCUCACUUAUCCGUCCAUCAAUUACUUUCUACCAUAUUGUCAUCAUGUGGUCCUGCAGUUUAUGCAUUGUUGAACUCUACAUACUCAUUUUCCCAGAUACUAAGGCACUGCUUCUUCAUUGAUCUGGUAUUUGUCGCACUUGCAUUAUUCUAUUAAACAAACCUAUUAGCUAACUUAUUUCUAUCUCACCUAAACCUGCCCAUACUUUCCAGUAAUACCGUCUAACCUAACUGCCUUACCGCUUUAUUUGAACUUACCUAUACCAUCCUAUACUUAUCUUUUUAAGCAACUAUGUAUGUCUCUGUGGCUUUUUGUAAUUAAUAAUAUGGUUGAUUUACUUGGUUUUCACACAUUGUAUUAGAUAGGUAACAAUUGUACAUAUUUUUUUAAGUUAUUUGGUUUUAUAGUAAAUAAACUUUUUUUUAAA